AUGGCAGACAAAUCGCAAGUACCUCCGGUCGCACCUGUAUAUGGAGCUGCGGCCCAAGGCGAGAUCGUCACCAUCUUCAUCGGUCCGGAGAAGAAGCGCUACAACAUCCACAAGGACAUCAUCUGCCACCACUCCGAGUACUUUCGAGCCGCAUUCAAUGGCCGCUGGAAGGAGUCGGACGAGGGCGUAACACUUGAAGACGUCGAAGUCGACGUGUUUAACCUCUUCGUCCACUGGCUCUACGCGGAGGAGAUACCGCCACACUGGGAGUCACUCUCCGAAAUCGUAGAACCAGGUCUCAAUCUCGAUGACUCCGCUUGGGACGACUAUUCUACUGCAAUGCUUCUCCUGAAGGCCUCUGUCUUCGGUGAUCGAUUUCUCACACCGGCGUUCCAUCGUCUUGCACACAACACAUUUGUUAACAGAUUUGUUGUGGCACCUGGCGACCACAGCAGCAUGUCGUACUACAUGGUCAUCUGGAUCUACGACAAUUUGCUGACAAGUAGCCCGCUUGUCGACCUGGCGGUCGAACUGCAAUGCAUUGUAUGGAAUACGGAGAACGAUGACAAGGAGGAAAAGCUGCUAUGGCCGCAAUUGCCUCAUGCCUUCCUUCUAGCUGUCAUGACCAGGUACAGUGAACUAAAGGAAGAAAAGUGCUCAGACAUAGAGCUGAAGGCGUGCGACUAUCAUCUUCAUGCUUCCGAAGAGGAGAAAAAGGCUUGCAAACAAAAGAAACAGAAGUGA